UUUUCAUUACGUUUAAAACAAAUCCAAAUUGCACAUCGUGUCAGUAUUAACUAAACUUUGGUCUUGUGCAAAUUCAUAACGCAAAGUGUUCUGAAAACGUCUGAAACUGUUAUGCAAUUCUAUACAAAACCGGAUUACAAUGCAGUGGUCAUUAACAUUUUCUUAUAAUAAUUGAGACUACUGUCUGAUAUUUAAUGCAAUUAAAAGUGAACUUAAUAAAAUGACUGAGAGUAGAACUGAUGCCAGUAGUGAAAAUCUUAGCGAAAAUAAAGAAACAAAACAUCAAGGAAUCGAAUUCGUUAAUAAGGCAUUCGAGUUGGACACAUCAGUUACUCAACACCAGACAAAUGAGAAAAAUGACCACAAGAGAGCAAAUGAUUUCAUGGACUUCGAUGACCUGCUGCCGCAUAUCGGGGAAUUCGGACGUUACCAGAAAAUGUUAUUUCUGCUAAUGAUACCUUACGCAUGGUUUCUGGUUUUUGUUUAUUUCGGACAAAUAUUCAUUACUAUCGUGCCUGAACAUCAUUGGUGCAAUGUUCCAGAAUUGCAACAUCUCAGUGUUGAUGAAAGAGUGGCACUGGCAAUACCGCUGACAAAUGAUGGCAGAAGUAAAUGCUCCAUGUAUGCCGUCAAUUUUACGAACAUUCUACUACAAAAUGAAACAAAUAAAGGAGAUUGGCCGGUAAAACCAUGUGUCCAUGGCUGGGAAUACAACCGAACGGAAAUUCCAUAUGCAACAAUUUCAUCUGAUUUGAAUUGGGUGUGUGACAAUGCUACUUUACCCACAAUAGCUCAGUCCGUCUUUUUCGUUGGAGCGAUUGUGGGAGGUCUUAUAUUCGGUAGGAUUGCAGACCGUUAUGGAAGAGUACCAUCGCUGAUGGCAGCGAAUAUAGUUGGCGCUGUUGGUGGUAUAGCUACAGCAUUUACAAACGAUUUUUGGUCAUUUACAAUUUGCCGAUUUUUUGUCGGUUUUGCCUUUGAUAAUUGCUUUAUGAUAAUGUACAUACUGGUAUUGGAAUACGUCGGUCCACGCUAUAGAACAUUCAUAGCAAAUAUGUCGAUUGCACUGUUUUUCGGAACCAUGGCAUGUCUCAUUCCGUGGAUUGCGAUAUACGUGAGCGAUUGGAAACGUUUAUCAAUUUACACGUCGGUUCCAUUGCUUUUAGUUCUUCUAACACCUUGGGUCGUACCAGAAUCGGCAAGAUGGCUCGUUUCGCAGGACAAAAUUGAUCGAGCCUUGAAGAUAAUUAAACGUUUUGAACGAAUUAAUGGCAAAUCAGUCGAUCCCGCAAUUUAUGACAUUUUUAUCGACAGUUGCACAAAAAUUCGACUCGAAUCAGCUAGCUUGAAACAGUUUUCCGUCUUAGAUCUGUUUAGAAAACCCCGUCUACGGAAGAUUACAAUUUUGUUAAUAUUGUUUUACAUGUCUAUAUCACUCGUUUUCGAUGGAUAUGUAAGGAAUAUUGAAACAAUGGGAUUAGACACGUUUGUUGCCUUUACGAUAGCUUCAGCGACAGAAAUGCCAUCUGCAAUCAUCCUAACAUUAAUAUUGGAUAGAUGGGGUCGGCGCUGGUUAGGCCUAGGAACAAUGGUGCUAUGUGGUCUUUGCAGUAUUAUCGCAUCGUUUAUGCCAGUCGGAAUAUUGACGAUAGUGUUCAUCAUUACCGGUCGUUUCUUUGUUAAUUUUUCGUACAACAUUGGAAUGCAGUAUUGUGCUGAAAUAUUGCCGACUGUUGUUAGAGCACAGGGAGGCGGAUUCAUUCAUAUUAUGGGAUACGUUGCUACCAUUCUGUCUCCAAUGAUUGUUUAUCUGGGCACAAUAAAUUUAGCUCUGCCACUAUGGAUACUAGGAAUUUUAGGUCUGUUUGGUGGUUCGUUGGCUCUAUUUUUACCGGAAACUCUUGGAAAGACCUUACCCCAAACGCUUGACGACGGCAAUACAUUCGGAUUGGAUCAAAAGUUUCUCGAUAUUCCUUGUAUUUCAAGGAAAACGGAUGUGGAUGAGAUUCAGUCGCCAAUUCCAGAGAAAUCUUAGAAAAAACGGGGAAAAACGCUUAGAAAUGUAGAUGUAGAUGGUAACCACAGUGAAAAAAUGUAAAAUUUUUAGUUGAUAAGUUAUAAAUAAAGGAAAUUGUUAAACCAAUACACCGAACGUAA